AUGUCAAAAUUCAAAUCUCGAGGCCACAGGUCCUCCGAGCCUGAAGCGCUAGAAUCGAAAAGCAAUACUGCACCUGCUCCGACCGAUGUUCCUCCGAACGACUCGUUCAAAGAUCUGCGGAGCAAAAUCCAAGCCCAGUUCCAGACACUUGGGCAGAAAGGUGGGAAAGACAAGUCGAUAGAUGCCAGGCCAAAGGCGCAGCGGAAAAAGCAGGGGAAAAGCAAGGAUACUACAGCGACGGCAGAGCGGGGAAAGAAACGUGAUCGCAAUGGAGAGGUGCUGAAACAGGCCACAGAAGGCUCUAAACCUUCACCGAAACCUAAUUCACGACAUGCCGCACCGGCUGGCGUCGAUGAAGAGUUUUUCAAAGAGGUGCAGGCACUUGGAGGAACAACCGAGGACCUGGACUUAUUGGCUGAUGUAGAUUCUGACUCUGAGGUGGAAGGCUUGCCCAGUGAGCAGAUGGGGACGGCCAAGCCAAAUCGUGACUCCGCAGCACUCGAAAAAGGCAUGGGCAACAUUUUGAAAGAAAUUGCUCUUGCCCAAGGAGAACUGGAAGACGACCAAGCGACUAAGGACGAGUCAGAGGACGAAGUUGUAAACCGGGCCACAACCACAAAAGACGGCCAGAAAGAAAAGAGUGUAUCGGAAGCGAUUCAUCAGCCUGUCAAAAAGGGCCAUGGACAACAGCCUUCGUAUGUCUGUGAACCAAAACCUGAUUGGUUUGAGAUUGAGCAGCCGGUAGUCAAUAGUGAAAAGGCUCCAAAAAGUUCAUUAUCCAGGACUAUACUAACGGAGUUGCAUGAACAUGCCAAAUACCUGCUUGACGAAGAAAACCGAAAAUUCAAGUCGGCGCAGCAGUCUUCUUCACAGUCCUUCUACAAUACAGUCAUCACGUCAGGUACCCUCUCGGAUAAAAUUUCGGCGUUGACUCUUGCUGUCCAAGAGUCUCCUAUACACAAUGUCCGAGCAUUAGAAAACCUCAUUGGCUUGGCUAAGAAGCGAAGCAGAUCACAGGCGGUCGAUGUGUUGAGAUCCCUUAAGGAUCUUUUUGCACAAGGCUCGCUGUUACCUCAAUCGCGGAAGUUGCAGGCAUUUGCCUCACAACCUGCUCUGUCCCCGUUAUUCGACAGAAGCAAGACUUGGAAAAGAGGCGACAAGCUUCCCAGAGGAUUAAAGGAGCAACAUCUUGUGGUUUGGGCAUACGAAAGUUGGCUGAAAGAGCAAUAUUUCGAAGUCCUAAAGGUCCUUGAAGUAUGGUGCAAUGAUGAGAUUGAGUUCUCCAAGUCAAAGGCCAUCAGCUUUGUGUUUGAAUUGCUUAAGGAGAAACCAGAACAAGAGUCAAACUUGUUGAGGCUGCUGGUCAACAAGCUUGGAGAUCCAGUGAAGAAAAUUGCGUCACAGGCAUCGUACUUGCUCAUGCAACUUUUGAUCACCCAUCCUGCGAUGAAAGCGGUGGUGGUAUCGGCCAUUGAGACGGAUUUCAUUUUCAGACCCGGCCAGAGUUUACAUGGAAAAUAUUAUGCAGUUGUGACACUCAAUCAAACAGCAUUGAGUGGGAAGGAGGAGGAAGUCUCAAACAAGUUGCUCGACAUCUACUUUGGCUUGUUCACUGGCCUUUUGAAGCCAACUAUCGCUUCUGCGACGGAGACUGCGGAGAAGGCAGAACCGGAAGCUGAAAUCGAGCCAAGGCUCCGGAGAAGAAACAAGAAACCAAAAGUGCCAGUUCAGCCACAGCAAGAGGAGUUAAGAGAGAAACUUAUCUCUGCCAUACUAACGGGCGUGAACCGUGCAUAUCCAUAUGCAGAGUCCAAGGAUAAAAGCUUUUCAGACCACCUUGAGACCCUAUUCAAGGUUACGCAUUCGUCUAAUUUCAAUACCAGCAUCCAGGCUAUGCUUCUCAUACAGCAAUUGUCGACUACCCAUAGGGCAUCCAACGAUCGAUUUUAUCGAGUCCUUUACGAAUCACUGCUUGAUCCAAGACUUCUCGUUGCUUCGAAACAACAAUUGUACCUGAAUUUGCUACAUCGAGCUCUCAAGGCUGACCUGAACAUCAAGAGAGUCAAGGCUUUUGUUAAGAGACUUUUCCAGGUGCUAUCAUUGCACGAUGCGUCGUUCAUUGUUGGUGCAUUUUUCCUGCUGCAGGACCUAGACGCGACUUUCCCGUCCUUGUCAGGACUUGUCGAUCAACCUGAAGAUCACGACGAUGAUGAAGAAGUCUUCCGUGAUGUUGAUGAAGAAGGGACCGAGGCACAGGCCAGCAACGACUUAAAGGCUCAGGCAACGUUUUAUGAUGGGCAUAAACGUGCCCCGGAGUACGCGAACGCGGACAAUAGCUGUGCCUGGGAACUUCUCCCAUUCCUCGCACACUUCCACCCAUCGGUGUCCUUGAGUGCAGAUCACGCAUUGCGCCAUGCCAAGUUGCCGGGCAAGCCUGAUCUUUCCCUGCAUACGCUCAGUCACUUUCUAGAUCGCUUUGUCUACCGAAAUGCCAAAUUGGGUAUCUCUGGCCUUCGUGGCUCAUCUAUCAUGCAACCCAUGGCAGCAGUUGAUUCUCAAAAUGUGUUAAUUCCAGGCACUCUUGCCGCUCAGCGCAGCCUUCCGGUCAACAGUGAAGCAUUCAGGGCGAAGAAAGACGGGGAGAUAGCCGCCGAAGAUGUAUUCUUCCACAAAUACUUCUCGAGCUUGGGAGCUGCACCCACCAAAAAGGGCAAGGAAAAGAAGAAGCGUGACGCUGAUGACGAUGAAUCUGAGAACGAGGAUGAGAUCUGGAAAGCAAUGAUGGAAAGCGCUCCAGAAUUGGAAGGCGACGAUGACAGUGAAGACGAUCUGGACUUGUCAGAGCUGGAAUCCGCCAUGGAUGAUUCAGAUGCAGAAGCAGAAGACGGUGACGGAUUCGACGAUGACGACGAUGAAGGCGUAGACAUUGACCCAGCACUGUUCGACGAAUCAGAGGAUGAUCUCAUGGACAUAGGCGAUGGUGAUACAGCAGUAGCAAGUGCAAGCGGAGAAUCGGAUUUCGCUGGCUUCGACUCGGCUGAGGAUCAGGCACCGACAGCCAGGAAGAAGAAAGCGAGCAAAUCAGAAAGCAAGAAGGAGAAGGCUAAGAGGAAGAGCCUGCCGAUAUUUGCAUCGGUUGAAGAUUAUGCGAAGAUGCUUGAGGAUGACGAGGAUGAAGAUAAGUGA